AUGCCCUAUCAAGAGUACAGCAACGAUAAAUGGAAUAAUAUGCGGCCUGUCAUUGAAAAUCUUCUCUAUAUCCAAAAAAAGACGUACAAGGAGGCCGCUGUAAACCUCAACGAAUCCGGAUUUAGAGUCAAACCAGAAUGGAUCCAGCGCAGGGUGACUGAAGACUGGAGAGGAGGCAAGAAUUUCACAAAGAAGCGUACCAUAAGACAUCUCAAGUCAGACGCCUAUGAGAUGCCGGCCUUAGAUGCAUCAUCUGAGACAAGAAUGAGAAGGGCGGCGAGACGUCACAACAUAGAUAUACCAGCUUGCCACCUCCAUUCCUUGAAGCUCGCUAAUGAUCGGCACAUAACUCCAUCCUCUCUAUAUGAUUAUAAGGGAAAUGUUUUUAAUGCUGUGCGAAAAUACGUGGAUGGAGCUUUUGACAACCACAUUUGGACUAUCGGGACCUUCUCCGAACGGACUACACAUGAUUUUCUAAGAUGGGCAUGCGAUGAUCCCCCUAGUGUUUUCAAAGUACUUGGAUAUUUGGUUUGCGCAACCUUGUGUAGCAGGCAAGAGAUGCACCUGGAGGCCCAGCUUCUGUUGAGAUACGGAUUGGUGGAACUCACAACCUGUCUUGAUGGCCAUUCACCCGAGGCCCUUCUUGUGUUCAUCAUGCUUUUGAACUUCUUUCAGGACCGCAUGCCCACGGAGAGGGACAAGUUCCUGCGAUAUUGUAUCGAUAGGAAACAGCCAUCUGAGAGAGCCCAGCCGCUCAUGGAUAUACUUCGCCAUAUAGACGCUGCAGAGCGCAAGAGCGCAGAGCCUCAAAAACACAAAAGCACAAAGCCUAAAGAGCGCGAAGAGGCGGAUGCUGAAUUUUGCGCAAACUUACUACACGACGUCGCGACCAUGUUCAUCAACAAGCUGAAACAAAAACUCAAAUAUGACGAACUUGGUUAUGCCGUCAUCCAACACAUGCACCAAACCGGAGAGCUUGAGGACUUCAAACGUCUCACCUGGCCCGACCCUUACCUCGCCCAAGAAAACGACGAGGCAUUUUUCAGUUCCCGUGCGAAUAUCGAACAUUAUAUCGUUUUAGCUGUUGAGAGGUUUGGACACCGAGAGCUCCUACAGAUCGAAGACGUACUUAAGCGGCAGAAAAUUCUUGCUGAAAAUAGCGAAAUUCGUGAAAUGAUAGAUAAGCACUUAACGUCUCUUCGGCGGCCAAUUCAAAGGAUAGGAUAUCGAGACAAUUUCAACAACAUGAAAAAGUUCAAAGAACACUGGAGUCAAACGACGGCCGGCUGGGAAACGUCACUGGUCGUGAAAGGUCCCCCAAUCACAUCAUAG